AUGUCAUUAGUAUCACCAAACAGCAAGCCAACGCUAUUUAAGAACAAUCUCUUUGUUCGAAGUGAUACUUCAGAUAUCCCAAAGAAAAAGAGUCCUUCAAGACCAGUAUCAAACACAUCAGGAAUGCUGUCAUCCAUCGCCAAUAAUAUAUCUCCUUCUAAAAGACAAUAUCUUCAAUCAAUGAGUCCAAAUGUAUCCAACAGAACUAUACAUCUUCCAAACGAUACUCCUUUAAAACCUUCCAAUAAGAAAUUCGUCGCUGCUUCAACAAACACAAGUAAACCAGAAUCAAAAUUCCAAAGACCUACAUUGCCUCCGACAUUAAGACCUUCUUUAAACAUCAGAUCAAAAACCUCACUUGCAUUACCUUCAUCUGCAACAUCGUCAUCAUCGAGUUCUCAAUCAAAUCCAUUUAAAUUACGUAGAACAAAUUCACUUAUAAGUCAAGGUGGUUCAACUUCAUCAUCAGACUUGCAACAUCAAUCAGCCACUACUUCAUCCGACAGAUUCAUUCCUUCAAGAUACAAUUCGAUCACUGGGAAGUUAGAAACAUCUACUAAUCUUCCAUUGCCUAAUGCUUCUCCACAAACUCACAUUAAAGCACAAACUUCUAAAAUUUAUCAACAUCAUGUGGCGGAAGCUUGUGGACUAGAAGUCAAUUCAAGAAUAUUGUUGUAUCAACCAUUGCCUCCAGAAAGAAAGAAACCAGUUAGCUUGGUUAGACUGUUAUCAAGUCAAUCAUCCAUUUCUAAAUCCAAACUAUUAUCCAAAUCUUCAUUAACCCCCUCUGCUGCAUCAGCUAGAGCAAAUAAGAUUCCAAAUGCACCUGAAAGAGUACUUGAUGCUCCAGGUUUGGUGGAUGAUUUCUAUUUAAAUUUGUUGGCAUGGUCUCUGUCCAAUUUAUUGGCUAUUGGUUUAGAAGAUGCUGUUUAUGUAUGGAACGCAUCUACAGGGUCAGUAGGACUUCUUUGUGAACUACCGGAAAAGACAUUAGUUACAUCUUUAAAAUGGUCACAAGACGGUUCUUAUAUCUCUAUUGGUAAAGAAGAUGGGAUGAUUGAAAUUUGGGAUAUUGAAACAAACACCAAAUUAAGAACGUUGAAUUGUAAUAAUCACUUGACAAGAAUUGCGCUGCAGGACUGGAACCAACAUGUGUUAACCAGUGGAUCCAGACUCGGACAUAUCUACCAUUCAGAUGUGAGAAUAGCUAACCAUUUGGUUAGUCAACUACAAGAUGCUCAUACUGCCGAAGUUUGUGGUAUUGAAUACAGAUCCGAUGGUUCUCAAUUGGCAACUGGUGGUAAUGACAAUCUUGUAUGCAUAUGGGACGCUAGAUCUACGUCUAAUGCUCCACUUUAUAGUAAAUCAAGCCACAAAGCCGCUGUUAAAGCCUUAUCAUGGUGUCCAUACCAAUCUUCAUUAUUGGCAACUGGCGGAGGUUCAACCGAUAAAACAAUUAAUUUCUGGAACACCACCACCGGUGCAAGAGUAAACACCAUAGAAACAGGUUCACAAAUUUCUUCUUUAAACUGGGGUUAUGCAAAUGGUACUGGUAUGGAAAUUGUUGCCACCCAUGGUUUCCCAACUAAUAGUAUUUCAUUGUUUAAUUAUCCAACCUUACAGAAAACUGGCGAAAUAACCAAUGCUCAUGAUUCCAGAAUCUUGAAUGGAUGCUUAUCUCCGGAUAAUCUCACAUUAGCCACCGUUGCUGGUGAUGAAAAUUUAAAGUUCUGGUCCUUAUUUGAUUUGUAUAAGAACAACAAGAGAGAUUAUGAUGAGAAGUUGGGUGAUAGUGACGAAAGUCAAGACGCUAAAAGAAUCAAAAAGAUGAUGAAUCUUCGUUAG